AGGUACUAUGUAUUGCCUGCAAUGUCUGUUGCCCGUACUUCUGCUUCCGAAGCCAAACAAUGCUCUAAUCGAAACACAUGUCAUGUUUAUUGUCCUCUAUCUGAUCGGCUUCUUUCUGGAGAGGAAACCAUGCACAAUUUGUAGCCUGGUGUUUUUGACUGCCGUUUUCCUUAUAUGCUACAGCGGCGUUGGUAAUUGCAUAUUCUGGGGAAGCUGUGAUGACAACCAGUGUGAAAAUGGCUAAAACGAGGUUUGACGACAUGUUACGAACGAGUG